AUGGUAUCUAAAUAUUUUUCAAACGCUUUGGAUUUAUUGGAAUUUACAAAUCUAACUCAAAACUCUAUUAUAAAAAUCCAGACAGAGCUGGUUAAAAAAUUAUUUGGAAGCAUAAAGCAAAAAGAAAUCGAAAAAUCCAGACUUGAAAAUUUAAAAUCCAAAAAAGUAAGGUCGAAAUCCCACGAAAAUCAUAAAACUCCAGCCAGGAAAUUACUAAUAGAAGAAUUCUAUAAAAAUUCUGAACUAAAAACUGAAGAGGCCAAAAUAUUCGCCAAAAAAUUGCGAAAAGAAGCCUAUGAAAUGGCCCAACGUCAAAAACAAAGAGAAGAAAAAUUAAUUAAAAAAUGACUGCAAGAAGAAAACGAAAAGAAAAAAGCUGAAGAAGAAAAUUUAAAAAUAUUCGAAGAAAGAAGAAUGCAAAGACUUAAUGAGCUUAAAAAGAAAUCAGAAAGAAGAAAAAAAGAAAUUGCGACUUUAAGAGAAAUUGGUGAAAAAGACUAUCGAAAAGUCAUAUCAGAAGAGCCUUUAUUUCAAAAAAUUGAAAAAUCGUAUGAGAAUGAUAUUUUGAUGCAGGAGCAGGAAAAGCAGAAAAAUGAGUUAAAAAAGCUGAAGCUUCUGCAUAAGCCUUUAAACCAUCAGGAGCUUUUAUCUUAUAUGAAACAUCAUGAUGAACUGAAAAAAGAGCACGAUUUACGAAGGAUCCAAGAUUUAAAAAAUCAAUCCUUACAGUAUAAAGUAAAUUCCUCAGCACUAUCAGAAAAGUCACUAUUUACUGCUAAAAUUAUUGAAGAAGAAAAACUUCUAACUCCCCCCCCCCCUCCUCCGUGAGCGAACAAAACCAUUAGAAAAAUCGCCAUUUUUUGACCAAAAACCCACCCUCCGUGAGUGAACAAAAAUUUUUUUAAUAGAAAAAAUUUUAAUGGAAAAAAAUUUUGAUAUAUAAGUGAUAAUUAGUAUAAUGAAAUCUAGAGCUAAUUCUGUUUAAUUUUAAACAAAUUGCGUUUUAAAACAUAAAUUUUGCAAAUUAAAUUAAUAUUUGCUUCCCAAUUUUUGCAAAUUAGGAUUUUUUUAAAUUUCGAAAAAAAUAUUUUUUAUAAAAUUUAUAUAUAAAUUGUUUUUAAAAAAAAAAAUUAACCCCCCUCCGUGAGCGAACAAAAUUUUUUUGUUCGCUCACGGAGGGGGGGGGGGGGGUAGUAAAAGAGGAAAAAGAAAAGGCAAAACAAGCGAAAAAAUUUUACUUGGCUAAAAGAAUACAAUACGCAGAAAUCGUGAGAGAAAUAUUUCCUCCAAAAACAGAUCCUUUAAAAGAAAUAAAAUCUUUAUAUUCCCAACCUCUGUGAGCGAACAAAACCAUCUGAAAAAUUCCUUUUUUGGGUUAAAAACCAACUCUCGUGAUUAGCAAAAAAGUUUUUAUGAAAAAUAAUUCUAAUAUAUAAGUGAUAAUUAUUAUAAUGAAUUCUUGAGCUAAUUCUGUUUAAUUUAAACAACUUGCAUUUUAAAACAUAAAUUUUAGAAUUUAAAUUAAUUCUCUCUCUCUCGAUUUUGAAUAUUUUUAAAUUUUGAAAAAAGCAAUUAUUAUAACCUUUAACAAAAUUUUUUUGUUUUUGAUCGCAGAGGGGGGAAUUAGAGAAAUCUCGUCAUGUUUCUAUUAUAAAAACAUCAGAAUCUACCUCGUCUUCUAAAAGCUGGAGCAUCAAAAAAGACACCAGCUCUGACACUGAAUCUAGAGGAAGCGUUAUGAAGCGAAACUGAAAGAAAAACAGCAUGAUUCCUGAGCCUAAGAAGAAAAGAGAGCCUAUUUAUACUGACUACUUAGCUGAUAAAAGGGUUUUAAGAGACAUUUCAAAAACCCCUGAUAUCCCAAUUAUGAAGAUGAAUUUUCGUGACGAUAUUUUAGACGAGACAAUCCCAAAGGUUGAGAGAAUCUCAAGAUUAAAGGACAAAGCAAAUGAAAUUGAUAAAAUUGCGAAGGAAAGCGAAGUUAAGCUAGGUGUCAUAAACCCCCACAACGUGAAAAAGCUUGAUUUUGCAGACCAAGUAAAUGAAAUGAUCAUAAACUCAAUUAAAACGAAGCUGGUAAUUUUGGAUGAAAUAUAA